AUCCAGACAUCUGCUCUUCACAUGAAUGCACUCACCUCCUAGAGAACAGCCUGCCAUCAUGCUCUGGAAACUGGUUGAAAAUGUCAAGUAUGAAGAUAUCUACGAGGACCGGCAUGAUGGAGUGCCCAGCCACAGUUCCAGGCUGUCCCAGCUGGGAUCCGUCUCCCAGGGACCCUACUCCAGCGCUCCUCCGCUGUCUCACACCCCAUCCUCGGAUUUCCAGCCGCCUUAUUUCCCACCCCCCUACCAGCCUCUUCCUUACCACCAAAGCCAGGACCCUUACUCCCAUGUCAAUGACCCCUACUCCCUAAACCCCUUGCAUCAACCCCAGCAGCACCCCUGGGGACAGAGGCAGAGGCAAGAGGUGGGAUCAGAAGCCGGGUCGCUGCUGCCACAGCCUCGGGCCGCCCUGCCCCAGCUCUCGGGACUGGACCCCAGGCGGGACUACCACUCAGUAAGGAGGCCAGAUGUCCUUCUGCACUCAGCUCACCAUGGCCUUGACUCCGGCAUGGGGGACAGCCUUUCCCUGCAUGGCAUCGGACACCCAGGGAUGGAGGAGGUCCAGUCAGUUGAAGAUGCCAAUAACAGCGGUAUGAACUUAUUGGACCAGUCUGUCAUUAAAAAAGUUCCGGUUCCUCCAAAAUCUGUUACUUCUUUGAUGAUGAAUAAAGACGGCUUCCUGGGUGGAAUUUCAGUCAAUACCGGAGAGGUGUUUUGCUCUGUACCUGGCCGCUUGUCUUUGCUUAGUUCAACUUCAAAGUAUAAAGUAACUGUGGGAGAAGUUCAAAGACGCCUUUCUCCUCCCGAGUGUCUGAAUGCAUCCCUCCUAGGAGGAGUACUUAGAAGAGCCAAAUCGAAAAACGGGGGGAGAUCUUUGAGAGAAAGACUAGAAAAAAUCGGUUUGAAUUUACCAGCCGGCAGGCGUAAGGCCGCAAAUGUCACUUUACUCACCUCCCUGGUGGAAGGUGAGGCCGUUCAUUUAGCUCGGGAUUUUGGGUACAUCUGCGAAACGGAGUUCCCAGCCAAAGCUGUUUCUGAGUACCUGAACCGACAGCACACGGACCCCAGUGACCUCCACUCCAGGAAAAACAUGCUGCUUGCUACAAAGCAACUUUGUAAAGAAUUUACAGAUCUCUUGGCCCAGGACAGGACGCCCAUUGGAAACAGUCGGCCCACCCCUAUUUUGGAACCGGGCAUUCAGAGCUGCUUGACUCACUUCAGCCUCAUCACUCAUGGCUUUGGGGCCCCUGCUAUCUGCGCUGCCCUCACGGCCCUUCAAAACUACCUGACUGAAGCUCUCAAAGGCAUGGACAAGAUGUUCUUGAACAACAACACUGCUAACAGGCACACAUCUGGCGAAGGACCAGCUUUGCCCGCUUGGCUUAUGAGCUUCUUCAAAGAGGACUAGAGAUCCCUACACAAUAUAUCAGGUACAGAGAAAAAAAAAUCCACAAUUCUGAUAUUCUGAUACUUUUCUCUUUUUUUUUUUUUUUUUUUUUUGCUUUUUGCUUUUUUGCUUUUUCAAAUCAAAGCCAGUUGUUUCCAAAUUCUGUAGGUGCACUUCUUUAAAGAAGCUCAAAGGGAAUAAUUUGAAUGAGAUAAAAAAUGUAAGUUGAAACUGAGGUGUAACAUUACAAAGAAAAUAAGAGCUGUGUUGAAUGUUACCACACUUGCUUGGCACUAAGGUUUUGUACCUAGGGAGGAAAGGGUUGCCAUGUGAGCUAGCUCCUCGUGAUGGGAGUGGGGAGGGCUUGCCAGGGAAUAUCCUGAUUUCUGAGCUAAGUCUGAGGAAAUCUGUUUCUCUUAGGAAGCUUUUUAAAAAAAUGUCUUGUGACUCUUGCUUUAGAACAAGUUGGUGUGGUAGGGGGGGAAAAAAUGUCUUAACUCCAAUGUUUUUCUCAGUGGUUUGGUGUGUGACAGGAUGUCUCAUGCAUAUGAUUUGGGGGGGGUUGGAGGGAGAAUCUGAUUCCUUUCCUUUUUUUAACAUACAUUUCUUUGUCUUCUGUGGUAAAAAUUAUGCUGAAGUGUAAGGAUAUUAAUUUCUAUUUGGAUUCUGCCCUGUUGGUUAAUUGCAUGUGUUUCUCAGUGGCGUAGGGUUCGUGCACUAACACAUCUUUUUGCUUAUGUCAGAACAGUUACUGGGUGUGGGUAAAUCUCCUGGAGUUGCUGGCAAACCUCCAUUGGGUCAGGUCCCUCCUGGGAUCCCUGUUAAAGCUGCAGCACUCCAUCCCACCAGCCUUAGCAGGCACACCUGAACUCAGAACAAGGAGAGAGAGAGACAAACGAGAAGCCUUAGCCUUGCUUCAGUUUAUAGAUGCCAUCCAAAGCGGAUGGUGGGGGAGAAAUAAUUCAGCAAUACUCCCAACAAAAUUUUCUUGAAACAAAAAAAGCAAAUGAGCCUCCUGAUUGUCACUCCUAGUGUCCUUAGGCACUUGUGAAACAGAUACAGAGGAAGGCCUGCUCUGCUCUUCAAAUCUUUGAUCAGCAAGCAAAGGUCUUGGCUUUUGCCCCCUACCUGUGAACUGGAUAUGUGUGUGGCAAUAGAAACCCAGGAACCUUCCAGCCCUGUAGAGCACUGACCCCUUUGGAGCUGCUCCUCAUUCAUGUAGCUUUGGCUCUGCUGGGGCAGAGUGCUUCUCUCAUGGGAGAAGAGGGGGAAGCUAAGGCAAGCAGCUUUCUUCACGAGGCACUGGGAUGAGUUGGAGGUAGCCUUCAACCCUGGCAGGUCCCUGGCAGUGGGUUUGGUAGGUCGCAUGCCCCUGUGGGUGUUACCAGAGGAGGUGUGGAUCCCUGGGUGAUGUAGAUCUGAUGGAUCUCCCACCAUUAGGCUGGGGACCCCUGGUCCUCCGGAACCCACCCCUUGUCAACCACCUCCAAUUUUGAAAGGCUCUGGGGAGGAACAAUUCAAACUCCAGUGCAGGGCAGGCCCCAGCAAUGAUGCACAGGAAAGGGAAGUGGUGUGUGUGCAUAUGGGGAGGAAUGAAUGACACCACCUGAAAGCACAACUCCUGAUGAGACUACUCUGCUUAUUGAAGCUGAGCACAAUGAGUUGAACAUUGUUUUGCCUUCCCUCCUCAAAAGUCUUUGUGAGGAGCCCAUGGGUACAACCCUCCAGCAUCACCCAGGCUGGUGGGGGUCCCGGGUGCUGGAAAGACUCCAAGUUAGAGCUCAGUCUUCCACCUCCUCAGCUUCACACACAGGGACAUGGGGACUUGCUCCCUGCCACCCCAGGGCUUCCAGUUGAAGACUUUGGGGGGAUGUUGGGAAUGCUCCCUUUAACUACAGAAGACAGAAAUCCACCACAACUGUGAGUUAAUGAGGUGAGGGAACUGCUUGUAACUUCUUGGGGAAAGACCUUCACACACACGUGCACAUACACACCCAUGUGUGAGGGCCUGAUCCUGCUGCUGAAAUCUCCCCUAGGCACAGGUUUGGUCACCUGGACCAGGACCUAAACCUUGAGAAGGUUGAGGGAAGAGUUUCAGUUGACUCCUGGCAACUUUGGAUCUGCCCCUCGUGCCUUCUACUUGGAAGAGACAGACUGCAAAUGCCAGGCUGUGCUUUGCUCAGGCGAAAUCAAGCCAAACAUCAAAUUCCCACUGAUUUCAGUGGGCUGCCCCCCAUUUACUCCCCAAGGUACAGAGACAAAAUCAACAAGGUUUCUGAUUUAAAUGCACCAGGGAGAAAACAUGGCAUGCGAGUGCACCCACCUUGUUUCUUCCCAGUGCUACGGGGAUAACACCAGCCCAGUGCUGGUCCUUGAGAAAUAUCCAUUGGUUGGUGGCUCUUAUCAUUGCUGAGGACUGAGGUGCCCUCCCAAACUAAACUCAGUCUCCCACUGGAAGGCAUUUUGCUGCUCCCCUACGCUUUCCCAGCCUAACUUCUUAUGUUGGCGGGACGCUUCAGACGUUUAUCUGAUAAUUGAGUUAUUAAAAGAUUUGGUUUCCUCGGGAUCGUAAAUCAAUAAACAGGAGGAUUAACAUGGCAGCUUUGCUUUUUAACUCAAGGGAAAAGUUUGAGGAGAGACCGUGAAAAGUUUGUUUUUAAAGCAAACAGGUGGGUUGCUGUAAAUUUAAUUUCAU